AUGUCUUCGCACAGAGAAGGCGUCAACCCUCUGAGGCCCUACUACGUCCCCCCCUCGAUAGGAGAGCCCUCCGACUUUGGCCCCAAAUCCGGGCCCAAUCCUUUUUCUCACGGCAAUGCGACCGGCGGCAAGUACGCGUCUAAGGCGCGUGACAUCUUCUCCGAUAUCGACUACAAGGACUACAUAGCAGAGCCUUCUCCCUCGGUCGUGCGAUCCCUCAAGGAGCUGGUUGACGAGCUGCUAUGGAAGUACACGUCCACAUUGAUGGCCCAGCCCUUCGAGGUAGCCAAGACGGUCCUGCAGCUCAGGAUACAGGAUGACCCGGGCGCGCUCUCGGCGGUGCCAUCGACACCAGAACCUCUCCAGAGGCAGUCCUCCUACAGGAACUCAAUAUACGGCGAUGUACGUGUCUGGUGCUGUCUCCUAUCCUCUACCCUUUCCUUUGCGGAAUCAGGCCAUGCUGAUGACAGUCUUUUGCACGUGAAGCUCCCCGACUCCGAUUCCGACCCGGACGAGCCAGCCUACUUUACCUCCAACAUCCCCAACACACCCACCCCUGCGGCUUCCCGCUCCCGCUCGCAAAGAUUGGGAUCACCGAUAUCACCGCCCGGCACACCGCGGUCGCAGCCCAAGCCGCCGAACGCCGCCGAGGGGCAGCUGACCCUGCGCCGGCCAGACUCCAUCCUCGACGUCAUCUCCCAGCUGUGGUCCAGGGAGGGCGCAUGGGGCGUGUGGAAGGGCUCGAAUGCCAGUUUCCUCUACUCUGUGCUGCAGUCACUGCUGGAGAACUGGUCGCGGAGCCUGCUGAGCGCCCUGUUUAAUGUCCCCGACCUGGGUGUGAGAGAUGAUGUGGAUCGCCUGAUCGACAUUGCGUCGCCGUACCCGUGGCUGUCACUAUGCGUUGCGGCCGCUGCCGCUGUGACCACCGGUGUUCUUCUCGCGCCACUCGACAUGGUGCGCACAAGGCUCCUGGUGACCUCGGUCUCGUCCAAAUCCCGACGAACUCUCUCCAACCUCCGAAACCUCCCCUCCUACUUCUGCCCCUCUUCAAUCUUCCUCCCGACCGUCUUCCACUCCCUCAUCCACCCGAUCUUGUCGCUCUCCACUCCUCUUGUCCUCCGCACACAGUUCCGCAUCGACCGGGAUCUCAGCCCCACUACCUUCUCCAUCGCCAAGUUCUGCUCCUCUGCUGUCGCCCUGUUCGUCAAGCUGCCGAUCGAGACAGUCUUGCGCAGGGGUCAGAUGGCUGUCUGGAGCUCGCCGUCGUAUGCGGCUUCUCUCGAGACAGCUCCUGCUCCCAGAGUACGAGGCAAGGAGGCUGCCAUGAAGUCUGCCGAGGCCGAUGUCCUGGUCCCUCUGGGCAAAUACGAUGGUCUGGUCGGCACCAUGUACAAGAUCGUCACGCAGGAGGGUUCAAGACCGGUCAGUGCUCCAGCGCCCCCGCCCCCGCCCAAGGCAAAGGCUUCCGGCUCUAAGCGGGGGAAGCCCAAGAUUGCCGAGACGGUGUUUCGGCGCGGCCAGGGCGUCGAGGGUCUCUGGCGUGGCUGGAAGGUAGGCUGGUGGGGACUCGUCGGCUUGUGGACAGCGGGUGUCGUAGGCGGAGGAGGAGAUGGAGAGUUUUAA